GGCCCAAUGCGAGUUAAAUUGGGUUUCGCUAGAACGGCCCAAUCAUACACCACCGCACCCAUCUCCCUUUGGAUCUUUUCCCUGUGCUGUGCUGCAGUGCCUGUGCUUGCUUCUUUACCUUCCUCCCGUCGUGGCCGCCAGCAGAGAGUCUAUCAUUAAGGAAGAAAGGCAGUAAACGUGUUAUCUAUCAUCAAACUAGUGAAAAUGCAAGCAGGUGAAGGUACCCCGUCUGUUAUGGGGUCACGACCAAUGGAAUCAUCUAUCAUUCCAUAUAGUGGUCACCAGAAUAUGAGUAAACAAAGAACAUCAAGUUUAUUGUCACCAAUCAUGUUGCUGACUGGUCAUCAGAGUGCGGUGUAUACCAUGAAGUUCAAUCCAGCAGGAACAAUGAUUGCUUCUGGGUCUCAUGACAGAGAAAUAUUUGUUUGGCACGUAAGUGGUGAAUGCAAGAACUUCAUGGUUCUGAAAGGGCACAAGAAUGCUGUGUUGGAUCUGGAGUGGACUAGUGAUGGGUCACAGAUAAUCUCAGCCAGUCCAGACAAGACACUGAGGGCAUGGGAUGUAGAGACAGGGAAGCAGAUAAAGAAGAUGGCAGAACACUCGUCUUUUGUAAACUCAUGCUGUCCUUCUCGGAGGGGUCCUCCUCUUGUUGUGAGUGGAUCAGAUGAUGGGACUGCUAAGCUGUGGGAUAUGCGUCAAAGGGGUGCUAUCCARACGUUUCCAGAUAAAUAUCWGGUCAYARCUGUUGGCUUUUCUGAUGCUUCAGACAAGAUAUACAGUGGUGGAAUUGACAAUGAUGUCAAAGUGUGGGAUCUUAGGAGAAAUGAGGUUACCAUGACUCUUCAAGGUCAUCAGAAUAUGAUAACUGGUAUGCAACUGAGCCCUGAUGGGUCUUACCUCCUUACCAAUGGGAUGGACUGUACGCUUCGUAUAUGGGAUAUGCGUCCAUAUGCACCCCAGAAUCGUUGUGUGAAGAUAAUGGAGGGACACCAGCAUAAUGUUGAGCAGAACCUGCUCAAGUGCGGGUGGUCACCUGAUGGGAGCAAAGUUACUGCUGGUAGUUCUGAUAGGAUGGUAUAUAUUUGGGAUACUACUUCAAGACGCAUAUUGUAUAAGCUUCCUGGGCACUCUGGAUCAGUUAAUGAAUGUGUUUUCCAUCCCUCUCAACCUAUUAUAGGAUCUUGCAGCAGCGAUAAACAGAUAUAUCUUGGGGAGAUCUGAAGUUUGUUUGUUAUUCAAUAACAUAUUGUAUUAUUAUACUUGUCGGCAGAAAUUAAUCUAGAUCUUUUGGAUGUUUGUGAAUGCUGCUUUGUUUUUGGUUUUUGAAGAUUGGAUCAACUAUUGACAGUGUUAAAUUCAGUUGCAUAUUAUUGUUGCAAAGAA